UGGGCUACUUUCUACUACGGCAAAGUUGCCUGUGAGCUGCGCCAGGCCUGGCCCGACAGACCACGGUCGUCUACCAGGCUGGCAGGAAUGCGGCUUUUAUAAUUUCUUGAUCGUCGUCUGUGACCAGGCGAUCUUGGCUGUCUGGCCGCCCAAUGCGUAUGGCAAAAUGGGGGCGUCUAUCAGCUGCAAGAAGCUCGAUUGAGCCGCAGGGAUCAAGCAAGAGGGCGGCUACAAGCUCCUGCCGGGUCUCUCGACGGGUGAGCUACGACUCGCCAGGCGUGCUGGCCAGCCCAAGCAACAGUCCGUGCACAUCUCCUUGCAAAACCAGGGCGGGCUCUGGGGCCUGCAUAUGCCAAACAACAUCACCUGCGUGCAUGGUAUUUGUGUAAGGGUCUUGGGCACUGGCUUCUUGUGCGGAGGUCGCCGUCUUUACAAAGCUAAAUAUGGAUGGCACAGAGGUCGGGUCCCUCCUUGGUGCGUUCAGAGGCGAAGAGAUGUCUUGCGUCUAGACAAGUCAAAGGCCCAGGAGCUCUUGUCAAGACUCCUGCCCGCUCUUAGUGGCGCCGCAUGCCUGCUUUAAAAUCACGCUCGAGGUGGAGCCUACAAGUGCCGGAAGCUGAGGGUCGGCGGAGUGGACGGGAUCAUCCGGUGCAUCGCGCUGAUUCCAGUAAAGCAGAGACGUCUUCCUGCCGUCGAUCUGCAUGGGCGUGCAUGAGUGAGGUUUGUCGAAUGGAUCCAGCUCGUCAAGUCAAGUCUUUCAAUCUCGCUUCUCUGCUCGAUCACCAUCCUCGAUGAUGACCCAACGUCCCAGGAGAGCGUGGAGGAAAGAAUAGGAGAGCCAAUCCGCGCUGACCGAUUGAAACGGGUGCCUCUUGGCCGAGGCAAACUCACAGGAGCCUAUCGGAGGGCUGACUCGGCACUUCGGCCAAACGAAAGGGAAUGCUUUCUUGGAUGUUGUGAAGGAAAGCAG